CAGCUGGACAUACAGACAACCAAUUUAGGUUCCACAGCUCUUCAUGUGGCAGCUCAAAAAGGCAAAACUGAUGUAGUGAGGCUACUGACUGAGGCUGGGGCACAACUGGACAUACAGAAAACAAGUGGGGCAACUCCUCUCUUCAUGGCCUGUCAGAAUGGACACAGUGAUGUAGUGGAGAUCCUGAUAAGGAAUGGAGCUAAUAUCAACCUGCCUCGUGAUGAUGGGGCGACUCCUCUCUACGUUGCCAGUCAAAAUGGACACAGUGAAGUGGUGAAUAUCCUACUGAGGAAUGGAGCUGCUGUGGAUAGAGCUAGGAAUGAUGGGGCGACUCCUCUCUACGUUGCCAGUCAAAAUGGACACAGUGAAGUGGUGGAUAUCUUACUGAGGAAUGGAGCUGGUGUGGAUAGAGCUAGGAAUACUGGGGCAACUCCUCUCUCUAUUGCCAGUCAGAGUGGACACAGUGAAGUGGUGAAUAUCCUACUGAGAAACGGAGCUGGUGUGGAUAGAGCUAAGAUCACUGGGUCGACUCCUCUCUUUAUGGCAUGUCAACAGGGACAAAUUGAUGUGGUGAAUAUCCUGCUAGCAAAUGGAGCAGAUGUGAACCUAACUGGAUUCCAGGGAACGAGACCCAUUGACAUUGCCAGAUUCCAAGGACACUCUGAUAUUGUCCGUCUACUGGAGAAGAGGGGACAUUAGUCACUUAACACUUAAGCUCUUAAGCUGACUUGAGCUCUAGCUAUGAACACUGUAGUCUGCUAUCAAUGUCCUAUUACAUUUCAGAACUUCGUUUGUAUUUCGUCUUGUUGCAGUUGCACCUGCUUAAUGAUACAUUGUUCUUUGCUAUUUGCUUUUCUCCGACUUGUCAUCUCCUUCUACGUCUCCAUCUAGGAUCCUCACUCAACGAUUAACACUU